AGCCUAUAAAGUGAUACAUAUUUCAUUCUGUUAAGAGCUCAAAAUUUACGUUUUUCCAAUCACAUUCACAUGGCUUUGAUAUACUACGACCGUACGAUUAACACGCCCCUGGAGCUCAUCCUGGCGGGAUUACGGGAUGCAAACACGGGCACCUCCCUGCGUGGUCUGGCCACCUUUGUGACGCGGAAGACGGGAUUUCCGGGCGAAGUCUGCCACAAGGUUAUCACGGAGGCCCUCGAGGAGGGCAUGGCCUGCAAGAGCAUCCGGCAAGUGGAUGGGCUCUUCUAUGAUAUACCUCCGAAGCCGCCCCGUCUGCCGGCCCGGCGAAAAUGCAAAAUACCGCAAGCAAAGCCGUGGAACGACUGUUGCGAUAAUUAAUUCAUAAUGCCGAGAGUAUCCGCUCGAGUGGCCGAGGAGAGCAGAGCAAACACUUUAUUAAAAUUAAAAUUUAUCUAAA